CUUGCGCCUCUCCAGCAGCUAGGAAAACAUGGCUCUAGUAUGGUCGCCUCGACUUUCGUUGUUUGCAGCUCGUUUGUUUCGGGCACCUGGACGGGAACUGGCGGUUAGCGGUCCCGAUGAGCCCUUACCAGUGGUGCGCAUCCCACGGGCUCUACAGCGGCGGCAAGAACAGCGGCAGAGAGGGCGACGGAACUCCCUGCGGCCGGUGCUGGUGCGACCUGGUCCACUGCUGAUCUCGGCGCGGCGGCCGGAGUUCAACCAGCCGGCGCGCCUCACGCUGGCUCGCUGGGAGAGCGCGCCACUCGCUUCGCGUGGCUGGAAGAAUAGGCGGUCCCGCUGGGACCACUUCUCCAUCGAGCGCUCACAACGUGAGACACCAGCAUUGCGGAACUUAUCCGAGGGCAGCUUCGCGGAUCUGGGUCUGGAGCCACGCGUACUGCGUGCACUACAAGAGGUUGCUCCCGAGGUCCUUCGACCCACCACGGUGCAGUCGAGUACCAUCCCCCCGUUACUUCGCGGCCGCCACGUACUUUGCGCAGCGGAAACAGGCAGUGGCAAGACUCUCAGCUACCUACUCCCUCUGCUUCAGCAGCUCUUGGGCCGGCCAAAACCAGACCCCCGCAGUAUCCCAGCUCCUCGAGGCCUGGUCCUCGUGCCUUCGCGAGAAUUAGCUGAACAGGUGCGGAUCGUGGCCCAGCCCUUAGGCAACGCCCUGGGAAUCCAGGUGCAGGAGUUAGGGGGAGGCCGUGGCAUGAUUAGGAUUAGGCUGCAACUUUGCAGACAGCCCCUAGCUGAUGUAUUAGUGGCCACUCCGGGGGCUCUGUGGAAGUCUCUGAAAUGUCAACUGAUCAGCCUGGAGCAGCUAUCCUUCUUAGUAUUGGAUGAGGCGGACACGCUGUUGGAUGAAAGUUUCUUGGAACUCAUGGACUACAUCUUAGGGAAGAGCCAUGUAGCAGAAGGCCCAGAGGACUUAAAAGACCCCUUUAAUCCUAAAGCUCAGUUGGUACUAGUAGGGGCCACAUUUCCUGAAGGUGUAGGCCAGCUGCUGAGUAAAGUCACCAGCUCAGAGUCUCUAACCACCAUCACCAGCUCCAGGCUCCACUGUAUCAUGCCCCAUGUCAAACAGACAUUUAUGAGGCUGAAGGGAGCGGAAAAGGUAGCUGAGUUGGUGCAGAUCCUCAAGUGGCAUGACAGAGCAGAUAGGACUUGCUCCUCAGGAACUGUCCUGGUAUUCUGUAAUAGCUCUAGCACUGUGAACUGGCUAGGUUAUAUUCUGGAUGACCACAAAAUCCAACAUUUAAGGUUGCAGGGCCAAAUGCCAGCCUCAAUGAGGGCAGGUAUCUUCCAGAGCUUCCAGAAGGGCUACCGAGACAUACUUCUCUGCACAGAUAUAGCCUCUCGGGGCCUGGACAGUACCCAUGUGGAGCUAGUUGUCAAUUAUGAUUUCCCUCUCACCCUGCAAGACUACAUCCACAGAGCGGGGAGGGUGGGCCGUGUAGGGAGUGAGUUGCCAGGCACCGUCAUCAGCUUUGUUACCCACCCCUGGGAUGUGAGCCUGGUUCAGAAAAUUGAAUUGGCAGCUCGCAGGAAGAGAAGCUUUCCAGGACUGGGGUCUUCAGUGAGGGAGCCUUUGUCCCAGCUGACAUGAAGGUAGUGCCAUAACUGAUCUUUCCCUGUGUGGUGCUGGGUGGGUGAGCACACUCACCUCCCUGCAAGUCUGGAGAGUGGCUAAGCAUGACUCUUUGUAAUCUUUCAUGAGUAGUGAAAAAUAAAGUAGACUCUGGCUGUAUAUUAUA